CUAUUCUGUGAUGGCAAAGAGGCGGUACAUGCCACAGAGGGUCUGGAUUGGGAGGACAAAGAUGCUCCGGGGACACUGGUUGGAAACGUGGUACAUUCGCGGAUCAUCAGCCCUCUGCGCCUGUUUGUUAAACAGUCUCCAGUGCCAAAGCCCGGGCCAAUGGCAUUUGCAGACAGCGUGGAAAAUUUUUGGGAUUGGCUGGCGAACAUCACGGACAUUCAGGAGCCACUAACAAGAACUAAACGACGACCUAUAGUAAAAACAGGAAAAUUUAAGAAAAUGUUUGGAUGGGGUGACUUUCAUUCCAACAUUAAAACUGUCAAACUCAACCUUCUCAUUACCGGGAAAAUUGUCGACCAUGGAAAUGGAACUUUCAGUGUUUAUUUCCGACAUAAUUCAACAGGCCUGGGUAACGUUUCAGUGAGCUUGGUACCUCCUUCCAAAGUGGUGGAAUUUGAAGUUUCUCCCCAGUCUACCCUGGAGACCAAGGAGUCCAAAUCUUUCAAUUGUCGUAUUGAGUAUGAAAAAACAGAUCGGGCAAAAAAGACUGCCCUGUGCAACUUUGACCCGUCUAAGAUCUGCUACCAGGAGCAGACUCAGAGCCACGUGUCUUGGUUGUGCUCUAAGCCCUUCAAGGUCAUUUGCAUUUACAUUGCCUUUUACAGUGUCGAUUAUAAACUUGUGCAGAAGGUCUGUCCUGAUUACAAUUACCAUAGUGAGACCCCAUACUUAUCUUCCGGCUGAAUCUUUCCACAGGGACGAAAAUGGGGGACGUUUGUAUAUCUAAUUAGAAUGACCGAGAAACAAGUCUAGUUUUUCAUAGUGAAAGAUCCCUUUUGUUUCUGGCAGUGAACUGUAGUUCCCUUUGAGGUUUUCCAACUAAAAGAAAAACAUAUUCAAUUGUGAAACAUGUUUGUUUCCAUCAUAAGGUACCUUUAUCUAAAGUCAAACUAUAUGAAACCAUCAUGUUCAUGUAAGAUGGUUAAGUUCUAGAGAUAUUAUUGUUUAAAAGAAAUAUCAACGGCAGCCGCACACGAUGGGAAGGGACCAGAUUAUGCAUGUCAUAAACAUUGCUCUUGAAAUAAGCCUGCCUUUGAGAUAUGUUUUGGAAGGUUACCUUUAAAAUAGCAGUUUCAGUCAAGUAGCUGAAAAGAUUGUAUGUGAUAGAUGAUGGUUUUUCCAGCAUUGAACCUGUUUUACUGCUGUGUCUUUUCCCACAUCUGUGCCAGUAUUGGUAUGAGAGAUGCAAGGUUGCAAUUUGCUUCAAAACUCAUGUGUGAAGUUACAGUGGAAUCAAACACAUUGCCAUCCGAGCUGGAGUUGCAUGGAGUGUGAUCUAAGCAUUCAGCCCUCUGUUGGUCACCGCCUUUGUGAUUCUCAUCUGAGCACUGAGAAAGCAAAUCUGGGUGUGUCAGUCAGACAACAGUGAAGAGCAUAAUGUUUUUAGACCCUUUUACCAAAUGCAGUGCUGUAAGAUUAUGAAAAGUAUUCACCCCACAGCUUAGGACCUCGUUCCACUCAUCCGAUAGUGUCAUUGUAUAUACAUAUGUAGAACAACUCUGAUAUUGAGAGAAAGUGAUUGUUUCCUAAGCUAGAAUGUGGGGCGGGGGUGAUAGAAGUAGAGGGAGAAAAUUGUAGGAUUGUGGAUUCAGAAAUUCUUGCCUCCUAGAUAAGUUUUCCUUUCAUUUAGGUAAUCAUUACGAUGGGGGAUCACACUGUAGGUGGGAAUAACACCUGUUAUAUUUAAACAUUUUAGUUAUUUAGUUCUGAUAACCAAGAUUCCUGGCUCACUAGGCUUUUGAAAUUACUUCCAAAUCAAUAUUACUUUAAAAUCAUCCUUCUUGUCUUCUCUGUAUGGUAGAAUUGAAUGAUCACUGAAUUAGCACAGAGGGUCUGGCUGCGCAGGGACAGGUUUCUAGGACUCGGGAGUCAUGGAAUGGUAACUCUUUCCACAGUAGGUGUUCACCUCUUUCCCUUCUCUGUAAAAUAUUAAAGUAAAGCAUUCAACUGAGGAAUGAAGAAAGAUAAUUCCUAAGGAACAAAAAUGUUCUUAGCACCCUGUUCAGAAAUCCAGCGGGUCUGUUCUCUAUUAUACAUCUCUUUUUCUUUUACUGGUGAUAUCUUCACAGUGUUUGAUUUUGUCUUUUGUAAAAAUUGUACUAGACUUAGUAUGUGGUAGUAGAGGCUUGAAGUUUUUGCUCUGAAUUCAUCAGGUGCUUUUGUAAUUUUGUGAUUGGUGAAUAAUAUUGUGAAACAUCUUUUUAUUUUCAUCUAGAAAUGAGUAUUAUUUAUUGCACAAUGUAUGGGAUCUAUACAUGUAUAUACACUUAGAUUUUCCUGUGUACAGAAAAAGUAUGUGUACACAUUUCUAUGUAAAUAAAAGAAUUUGCUAGA